GUUUGACACAGGCUAAGGAGCAUUUCGCUACACCGUUCGUCUAUCGGCCCUGCUGUCUCGAAUAUAGGAAAUACCGGAAGCCACGGUACCAUUGCGUUCGCUGUAUGGACACCCAUGGGACACGGUCGGAAAUCACAUAAAUUGAGGUUACUUCUGCCUUUUUUGUAGGUGUGUAUUAUGUCUGCUUGCGGAUAUAUAUUGAAACUAUCCUUUUCGCGCCUUCCAAUUUAUUCUAGACUUCAGUGUUUCCACUAUUACUCUUCUUAGCCUCGUUUGCCCAGUAGCAAUGUCUUAUACUCUCAACUUGCCACCAGGAUUUGCAUUCACGCAGACCGUUCACAAUGCCCCGUAUCCUGCCAUCUCGCCAUCCCGACCCGAGCUUUCCCAGGUGGGGAAGACAGUGCUUAUCACCGGUGGUCACACGGGUAUCGGUUUCGCUAUUGCGCGAGCUUUCGCCGAGGCUGGUGCAGAAAGGCUUAUAAUCAUUGGACGACGUGAUGAGUUGGUCUCUUCUGCCGUGAAGCGCCUUGAGUCUGAGUUUCCCUCGACUCAGGCUCUAGGGCGCAGAUGCGACGUGGCCGAUUUGGACUCUGUCAAUGCACUGUGGAAGAACUUGGCAAAUGGAGGCAUCUUGGUCGAUAUCGUUGUCCUUAAUGCUGCCAAGCUCUCAGCGCAGCCUAUUCUCGACCUGGGGAAGGACGCUGUGUGGGACGAGUACGUUAUGAAUGUGCGGACGCACCUGGACUUCACGGAGCGGUUGUACAAGCAGCCAGGGGAUGAAGAUCGCCAAAAGACGCUCAUCAACUUGACCUCCUUGGCGAUACACGAGACUCAACUCACUGGCCAGUACCCCAGUUACGGCGCAACAAAGAGCGCGGGGACAAUGCUACUACAACAGAUCGCCAAGGAUGUGCCUGCAGAAAGGCUGCAGAUAGUCAGUUACCAUCCUGGUGGUAUCUUCACAGAACUGGCAGAACAGGCGGGUUUCAAUAGGGAUGACCCGCGAUGGGACGAUGAAGAUUUACCUGGCCAAUUCGCUGUUUGGGCUGCCUCGCCGGAGGCAAGAUUCCUACAUGGGAGGUUCGUCUGGGCGAAGUGGGAUGUAACAGAACUACUCGAGGGCCCGCUAAGGAAGCGGAUUGACGAAGAUAAUUCUUUCCUUAAGGUGGGUGUUGUGGGGAUUAAAGAGUGGGAGUCGACCCAGAGAACUCUCUAA